CGGGGGGGGGGGAGGGUGGAUGAUAAAGGGGCAGGAACCAAGGGAGGAGUGAGUGGGUGGAACCUCCCAGGGGAAGAGCAAAGCCCAGGAAGUGAAUGGGGUGAAACGAGGGGGCGAGAGACUCAUCCCAGGCCCCACCCACCUCAGUUCAUGGGGAGGUGGUGGCCUGUGUGGGGCUGAUGAUCCCUCUGCAGUUCCUCCCAAGCCAAGACAAGCUGCUUUGCAAAAGGAGGAGGCUUUGAGGAGACAGAAGCCAGUUUUCCAGCUGCUUGCCCUCAAUAGCUUUGCGGGGCCCUAACGGGAAAGACUGUCAGUGGUCCCUGGAGGAGGAGGAGGAAAGGGGGAGAAGCAGAUGUGGCUGGAAUAUUUGGGGAGAAAAGAGGGGUGGGGGAGAGAAGGUUGUUGUGGGCAGCGGGGGACACACAGCCAGCCUUUUCGGGGGGGAGGCACUGCAUUGGUCUUUGUGCAGGGGCGUAGCUGGGGUGAGGUGGCUGUGUUUGCCCCUCUCCCCUGCAGCCUCUUGGAGUGAGGGACAUAAGAAAAUAGGGAGGAGUGGAGCAGGAGGCCCCUCUGUAACUGAGGAGCCCAGGUACUCUGAAGCCAUCCACUCAAUUAUAGCUACACCCCUGAUCUGUGACUUGCAAAGGAAGGAACCUCCUUCCAUUCUCAAGAACUCAGUGGCCCCACCCAUUACAGCAGUUUUUGCUGAAAGGAUCAGUCUGUGGUUAAAACAACUGAAGCCUUCUUGGAGCCUGCCUUUGGAGCACAGAAUUGGAGAUGGAAAUGCAAGACUCAGGUGGCCCAGAGACCAUCAAGGCUGGGAGCGGUGAGGAAUUCUGGGAAAGGACUCUACAGGGAAUCCUGCAGGAGGAGACGCUCCCUUCCGAUGUAAAGCACCAGCACUUCAGGCAGUUCCACUACCAGGAGGUUGAGGCGCCCCAACAGGGGCAGGGGUGGCUAGCAGAAGCGACUACUGGUUUUUCUGCGGUAGAGAAGACUCUAUCAGACGCCAGACUGCAGCUGCUGCACGGGUGGAGCUCUCAGGAGGAUCAUGCAGAUUCCAUCUCACUGGUUCAUGGGACACCACAGAAGGUGUUGAAGAGGUCAUGGCUCCUGUUUGUGGGUGGAGAAACAGCUUCUACCCAACCAGUUCAGGGUGCCGUGUCCUUUGAGGAGGUGGCUGUGCAUUUCACGGAGGAGGAGUGGGCUCUGCUGGAUGCAGACCAAAGAGCCCUGCACAGAGCAGUCAUGGAGGAGAACAGGCAGAAUGUGGCCUCUCUGGGCUUCUUUCUCUCUCUCUCUCCCUCUAAAGUAAACCAGGCAAGGCAGAAUGAAUCUCCUCCUGUUCAUGUUGGUGACUGCCAAGAAACACCAAUCCAAGAAGAAAUAGAAAUGGGAAAGCAUGGGAGUAAGCCCCUCUUAUGUGAGAAAAGCAUCGGUUAUAAAUUGUUCCUUGAAUGUCACUGGAGAAUGAAGAGAGGAGAGGAACUUUUUAAGUGCUUAGAGUGUAGAAAGAGCUUCAGUCAGAACUCUCAGCUUAUUAAACAUCAAAGAACUCACACUGGAGAGAAAUCAUAUAAAUGUCAGGAAUGCAGAAAGAGUUUCAGCUGCAACUCAGAGCUUAGGAGUCAUAUAAAUUUUCACACCAGAGAGGAACCAUUUAAAAGCCUAGAAUGUGGAAAGAACGGCAUUCAUAGUGUAUACCUUAGUGACCAUCUCAGAGUUCACACUGAAGAGAAAAGGUUUAAAUGUUUGGAGUGUGGAAAGAGCUUUAAUCGGAGCACAUGUCUUUGGAGACACCAAAUAAUUCACACAGGAGAGAAACCAUUUAGAUGCUUGGAGUGUGGGAAGAGCUUCAGUCAGAACUCACACCGUAUUAAACAUCAAAGAAUUCACACAGGAGAAAAACCAUUUCGAUGCUUGGAGUGUGGAAAGAGCUUCAGUCGAAGCUCAGAUCUUAAGAAUCACCAAAGAAUUCACACAGGAGAGAAACCAUGUAAAUGCUUGGAGUGUGGAAAAAGCUUCAGUCGGAGCUCAUAUCUUAAAGAACAUCGAAGAAUUCACACAGGGGAGAAACCAUUUCGAUGCUUGGAGUGUGGAAAGAUCUUCAGUUGGAGGUCAGAUCUUAAGAAACACCAAAGAAUUCACACAGGAGAGAACCCAUGUAGAUGCUUGGAGUGUGGAAAGAGUUUCAGUAGUAGCUCAGCUCUUAAGAAACACCAAAGAAUUCACACAGGAGAGAAACCAUUUAGAUGCUUGGAAUGUGGAAAGAACUUCAGUUGGUGCUCAGAUCUUAGAGAACAUCGAAGAAUUCACACAGGAGAUAAACCAUUUAAAUGCUUGGAGUGUGGAAAGAGUUUCAGUCGGAGCUUACAUCUUAAAGAACACCAAGCAAUUCACACAGGAGAGAAACCAUUUAAAUGUCUGGAGUGUGGAAAGAGCUUCCUUUGGAGCUCAAAUCUUAAGAAACACCAAGGAAUUCACACUGGAGAGAAACCAUUUUGAUGCUUGGCGUGUGGAAAGAGCCUUAGUUACAGCUCAAAUCUUACACAACAUCUCAGAAUGUUUUCUUCUCAAAGAAGAAAAACUGUACAAAUGCCUGAAGUGUGGACAGGGCUUCAGUCAUAGCUCCCAUCUUAUACAACAUGAAAGAAUUCACACGUGAAAAGAUAUCUAUGUUUGUAACAUAGAAAGAGUGUGAAUGAGGUCUAUAGACUUCUUGCUUUUUAAAAUGAACUGUAUGAUUAUUGAACUGAUGUUCCCAAACCUCUUUUUGUUGUAAAUAAGCCCUUGUCUUAUUGAAUUGAUAUUCCCAAACUACUUCGUCAUUGUAAAUAACAUUGAGGCUAUUCCCAUGACCAGGAGAAACUGGGCUAAGGGAGCCUAGCCCGAUUUCUCCUGGUCAUGUGCUGCAACCAUGAGGCUCCCAGCAUCAAACCACACUAAUUCCCCCUCUCCUUAAACGAGGUUAGCGGAGCAAGUGCUCCGCUAACCCCAUUCUUCUGAUUGUGAGUCACCACGCUGGCACUCUGUGCUGUGGUGACUCACAAGGAGACCCCCCCAACUGGGGGGCUCCUACAAGCCUCCCGCCUCGGGGGGGGUCUCCCCAGAAUGCCCUGCACACCCACGCAGGGCAUCCUGGGGCUGGGGGGCCCCCGAGCCCCACCGCCCCUACUGGCUCUGUGACGGAGUUGGUAAUCAUGUGGGCGGCCAAUCCGGCUGCCGAGGGCAAGCUCCUUGCUUGUCUGUGGGGAGAGCCCGGUUAGGCUCUACACACAGAUUGUGCGUAGAGCCUCAUUGUGUGUGUUGUGUUUUUAUCCUGUUGUAAACUGCCUUGAGUCAUUUUGGAAGGGCGGUAUAGAAAUUGAAUUAAAUGAAUAAAUGAAUAAAUAAAUAGUAUGCUUGAAAAUCCCUAUGCAUGAAAAAACUAGCAGGGUCAAAAGUUCAUGCCUGCUGUAUUUUUGUUACACUUUGAGAAUAUCAAAGUGUGGUUUGGUUUUUGAGGGAAGAGGAAUUAUGAAAAGUGGAGGGAAUUUUGUGUUAUAGGGACCGGAUUGUUUAAAAAGAAGGGUUGGGACAAUGUGUGUAUUUAUAGGAGGUUGCUUGAGUUAGUCAGAAUGGGAGAGAGUCCUGGAGGAAGUCAGAGCCAAGGAAGCAGAGUUGGUACAGUAAAGUACUGUGCAGAGCUGUGAUUCAGAAGAAGACAAGUCAGUGUGGUUGUUACAAACAAGUGCUGGAAAUCACUACAGAGAAUGGAGACUCUCUGAAGGGCGCUAAUCAUAGAACCACCAGUCUGGAUUUAACCCCUGGCUGGUGAAAGUGACUAAGACCUGAAGCUUCAGAAAGAACAAGCCAGGUUACCGCAGAGGACUGUGUGCUAGAGACCAGUUUAAGUUGGGUUAGUGAUUGUGUUUUUUCCAACCAUUUCUUUUCUCCUUUAUGGUCUUUUGGAGAGAGCGGGGGUGAUGUUUGUACUGAACUUGUGUAACAACUUUUAAAUUGAGCUAAUUGCAAAGUUUAUCUUUAAAAGGAAUUGCUCCACCCCACACCUAUAGGUCUUACCACUCUACCAAGGUUUGUUUUUGGUGACAGAGGUUUGAAAGGCUGUUUUAGUAGACCCAGGCAAAAGCAUAAAAGUCUCCUUGGCGGCAGUGGUUAAACUUGUAAUUUUCGGGGAGAUCUGUAUCACGUGUUAGCAGCAGGGCAGAUCCUCCACACGUGAUGGCAAGCAGUGGGAUAGGCAGCUGUUCCUCCACAAAGAGCUUCCAUCUUGCUUCUCCUUCUCCUUCCAGAUGCUGGAGUAGAGGAGAGUGGUGCGCAGACUCUCUAGCCACCACUCUCCUCUCCACCACUUUCGAAAGAAGAGGGUGGAGCUGAUGCGGUUGCCGUGGUAGGCAACACCUGUACAGAGCACACUUCCGUGGAGUAGAGGCAAGGCAUGCUGUAUUGGACAAGGGAGGUAAGGGAGAGGAGGCGGGCACACAGAUGGGGUAUGCCCAUGGCUGCCUGCUCCUCUGGUCACUGUCCCUGUCUAGCUUCAUAAUAAACGUCUAGUACACAAAGGCUCUAACCCAACUAUGCCAGCAAAUUUGGAGAACCACACAGUGGCCAACAGAUUGGAAGAGGUCAGUCUACAUACCCAUACCUAAGAAAGGAGAUUUAACAGAUUACGUAAACCAUUGCACAAUGUCCUUAAUUUCACAUACUAGCAAAAUAAUGCUCAGGAUCAUCCAAAGCAGAUUAGAGCCCUACGUGGAAAUGGAAAAGCCGGAUGUUCAAACUGGUUUCAGAAAAGGCUGAGGAACAAGAGACAUCAUUGCUGAUGCACGCUGGAUAAUUGAGAAAGCCUAAGAAUAUCAGAAAGAAGUCAAUAUGUGCUUUAUUGACUACAGAAAAGCCUUCGAUUGCAUCAACCAUAUGAAGUUGUGGAAUAACCUUAGGAAAAUGGGCAUCCCAGAACAUCUCAUUGUUCUCAUGAGAAACCUAUAUACAGGACAGGAAGCCACAGUCUAGAUAGAACAUGGUGAAACAGAGUGGUUCCGGAUCGGCAAAGGAGUAAGACAAGGCUGUAUACUUUUUCCUUAUUUAUUCAAUUUAUAUGCUGAACAUAUACUGAGAGAAGCUGGAUUGGAAGAAGAUGAGUGUGGCUUUAAAGUUGGAGGAAGAAACAUCAAUAACCUGCUCUACGCUGAUGACACCACUCUGAUAGCUGAAAAUGUGGAUGAUCUGCAAGCUCUAGUAAUGAAAGUCAAGGAACACAGUGAAAAAAACGGGACUAUGACUAAAUGACUAAACUAAAAGACUAAACUAAUGACAACGGGUACAGCAACCAGCCUCAGAAUUGACAGUGAAGACACUGAAGUGGUGGAUAGCUUCUGCCUUUUAGGAUCGACUGUCAACAGUAAAGGAUCCAGCAGUCAAGAUAUAUGCCACAGACUAGCACUUGGUAGGGUUGCAAUGAAGUCCUUGGAAAGGAUAUUUAGAUACUGUGACGUGUCUAUACCUACAAGGAUUAGAACCGUUCGGACAAUGGUUUUCCCCAUUACACUCUAUGGAUGUGAAAGCUGGACUUUAAUCUAUCUAUGUCAGGGUUUCUCAACGUGUGGGUCCCCAGAUGUUAUUGGACUUCAACUCCCAUAAUCCCCAGCCCCAGCGGCCUUUGGUUGGGAAUUAUGGGAGCUGAAGUCCAAUUACAUCUGGGGACCCACACGUUGAGAAUCCCUGAUCUAUGUGGUCACUACGAAUUGACACCGACUUGACAGCACUUAAUCAAUCCAUCAGUCACACAAAGCUCAGGUGAACAUGUUCUGAGAACAUCUGGAAUGAUUCCAUUUUGAAAAGAGGAACAGACUUAGAAAAUUAGUUGCUGGUAAUUUCACACGAAAAAGUCUGUUUUGUAGCUGAAGCAUGUUGGUGGCAUUCUCCACACUGUGUUUCAAGGCAGUGAACAUUCUCCUUGCUGCUCAAGUUAUUUGCUGUGAACGGGAAGCCGACUGGAUCCCCCUGGACAGGAAGCCAAAGGACUAGAUCUCCCUGGUGUGCUGCACAGAGGCAGCUGCUCCCAUAGAAGCCAUCCCUGCAUAGUUCCUCACAUUUCCAGUGCCAGGAGGGCCCCUUCUAUUGGCCCCAGAGUCCACAGGGCCAGCUGGGCAGGCAUGUGGGGAUGUUGGGAAGGUACACAGGGACACUACACAUCCCAGAUGGCCCACACAACUUCCCAGCCAGCCCCAUGGGCCCUUGUGCUGCCCGAAAUAUGAGGACCAGCCAGGGAAUGACCCACUCUGGGAACAGCAGCCUCCACCUAGCACCAGGGGGAUGCUGCGAAUUCAUGGGAGUGGAGUGUCUGAUGCAGAGCCCUAAUGGGUACGUUAAAAUUAGCAACUAUAGGGGAGGCUCAGAAUGUCCACCAUAGAUUUCCAAGAGAAGAUAUACCCAAGAAAAUGUUCUUAAAAUAAUGCAAUAAAUGGUAUCUUUUUUGUGUGUUUAAAUGCCAAACAAUUCCCUCUUAUUUAUUUCUGUAUUUUAAAAAAAGCAUACCCUGCCUCAGUCAGUCUUACAACAUCUUUUUGCUUAUCGUUGCCUCUGUAUUCUGGAAUUGCCUGCAUGUAUGUAUAAUGCAUUUUUCUUUUCUCUUUUCAUAAUAAAUGUUUGAAUACA